GGAAUGUCCAAUACGAGGUGUAUAGAUUUACCGCGCAGCUGUGUCAUGAGUUUUGUUUCACAGUAGUGCGUUUUCAAAAUCUUACGGGUACUUCUCUAUGAUCAAAACCUCAGUUAAAGCCAGGUUAACAACCAGCGUGGUUGAAAGCUCAUGGCAAGUCUGACAGCAAGUGCCACACAGAGGACCAGUCAUCGGGGGUGUAGUUCUGGCUUGAGAAACCUUGUGCUGUUCCUCACACUACUAACAUGUAUAAUCAGGAGUUCAGAAAGCAUCAAACCGAGCAAUAUUGUCCUCAUUGUCACCGACGACCAGGACGUGCAGCUGGGGGGAAUGAAACCAAUGAAGAAAACUCAAGCUCUAAUAGGUGAUGAGGGUGCCACAUUUACCAAUGCUUUUGCAGCGACCCCUCUGUGUUGUCCAAGUCGCAGCAGCAUCCUAACAGGCAAAUACCCCCACAAUCAUCAAGUCCACAACAACUCCCUGUCAGGCAACUGCAGCAGUCCGGCCUGGCAGAAGGCCCACGAACCUCUGGCCUUCCCCGUUUACCUCAGCAAACAGAACUAUCAGACCUUUUAUGGAGGGAAAUAUCUCAAUCAGUACGGAACAAAAGAGGCAGGGGGUGUGAGUCAUGUGCCUCCUGGCUGGGAUCAAUGGCACGCGCUGGUACAAAACUCUCGGUAUUAUAACUACACCCUUUCAGUGAAUGGAAAGGAGGAGAAGCAUGGAGAUAACUAUGAAAAGGACUACCUCACUGACCUUGUCUUGAACAGGUCACUGCACUUUUUGGACGACAGAAGCCCCCAGCACCCGUUUUUCAUGAUGCUGUGCCCCCCCGCCCCCCACUCUCCCUGGAUUGCAGCCCCUCAAUAUGAAAAAAACUACAGUGAUGUGCAGGCACCUCGUGACGGCAGCUUUAACAAACCAGCCAAGGAUAAACAUUGGUUGUUGCGGCAGCCUGCGAACCCGAUGACGGACAGCUCCAUAAAGUACCUAGAUAACGCUUUCCGGAAAAGGUGGCAGACUCUUCUUUCUGUCGAUGACUUGGUGGAGAGGUUGAUGAAGAAGCUGGACGAUAUCAAAGAACUAAACAACACGUACAUAAUCUACACAUCAGACCACGGUUACCACACAGGCCAGUUUUCCCUGCCCAUUGACAAGAGGCAGUUGUACGAGUUUGACAUCCGUGUUCCUCUCCUGGUUCGGGGGCCAGGCAUCAAACCGAAACAGACCCUGCAGGCUCCUGUGGUGAACAUCGAUUUGGCACUCACAAUUCUCGACAUUGCUGGUGUUAACCUCACCCAAGUGAACAUGGAUGGACAGUCUUUCCUGCCCCAAAUGGCUCCAUCUUUACGUAAUGGCACCACUCGUCCAUACUUUCUCCUGGAGUACACAGGAGAGGGACACCCAGUGCAAGAUCCAGCCUGUCCAAAGCUUGGUCCAGGGCUUGCUAAUUGUUUCCCAGAUUGUGUUUGCGAAGAUGCUUACAACAACACGUAUGCUUGCGUGCGCACUCUUAAAGACCACAAUCUACAGUACUGUGAGUUUGCGGAUAAUGAGUCUUUCGUGGAGGUGUACAACUUAACGGCUGACCCCCAUCAGUUGGAGAACAUCGUGAAGAAGGUGGAUCCAGCUCUCCUGCAGACCAUGAACCAACGGCUGAUAAAACUUCAGUCUUGCGAAGGAAGCAGUUGCCGAGAUACCAAAAAAUGAGAGCCGAAGGCGGGGGGGGGGGGGGGUGGGCAGGACCCAGGCCCUGUUCUGAAUUCUUUUGUUUUAUCGAUGUCUCAGUUUUAACAGGAGGGAUGUAUCGUGCACGUCACGUGUGUAGACAGAUCACUGUGAAGUUCAUUACUCUCAAGUUUUUCCUCAGCAGUUUUCGGAGCUGAAUCUGUCAGGUCAUGUACGCAUCCUAGAAUGUGAAUUCACCCCGGGAAGGAGUUUAAAUUGACAAAAAAAAAAAAAUCCUCCCUCUGUAUGUGUUUUAACAGUUUACCUUUGGAGUAAUUACCUGCUGGAAUCUUGUUCACAAGACCAAAUAGUUCCAAUAGUUUUUUUUUUUUGUUUUGUUUUCCACACAAUCCAGCAUUUACUUCCUGUAAACCAAAGCCCUGCUCUGCUCCUACAUGAUGGAGAGAAAGAAAGUAGUGUGUGUUGUUUUUUGUUUUUUUUCUUUGAGCACUUUUAUGAUGAAUGAAAGACAAAUUGUGAAUCCGGACGUACGUGUCGUGUUCUGAUGUGAAAUCGGAGAGGAUGUUUCUGUUUUGUUCCUCCGAUUUCCUCGAUAGUGUCUCCUUACCAAAAAAAUGACGUGUCAGAGUUACAUUCAUCUCACAAUUCGAGUCAUGUGUUUUUUUUUUUUGUUUUUUUUUUAAAUGUGAAAUAUAUCUGCAUUUACUGUACCUGUGAGGGGCCAUAGUACCUCUGACUGUUAGAACAAUAACAAACACAUUUGGGAGUGCACCCCUGUGCCUCACACAAUAUAACACCAAUCUUAUGUCACUUCCUUUGUUUGCACCCGUGAUCGUUUUAAAAUGAAUGUCGUCUUCUCCAGGACAACGACGGAUACUUAAGGGAAAUCUUUCACUUUCUGCCAAAUCCUUGAUUAUUUUUAUUAUUUUUUUUUUUUAAAUGAUGAUUUGAUUAUGUGCCUUCUCCUUUGCACUAAAGCAACAUUAAGACAUCUGUACACUAGAAAUGUUGCUGAAUUUUUGGAUAAUCAAUAAAUGUAUGAAGUAGCAUACCACUGA